CGACGACGAUGGCGUCGUCUGCCUGCUUGCUCCAAGCUUCCACGGCCUUCGCUCCACGCUUCUCCCUCCCGUCCCGACCCCAGCCCCCGCUACACCUGCGUCUCCGCGGCUCCCCCAACCGUCGCCGUGGCAUCUCACUCACUGCUUCCUCCGCCGCGUCCCCGGAAGUCGAGAAAGAGUCCUCGCCCUCGUCCUCGCCGCAGGAAUCUCUGUCUGCUGUCGCGGACAGUGUGAAGGUGCUCAAGGUGGCAGCCAAGACGAGGAAAGUACCUGCCCCGGAAAUUCUCUCGGCGCUGUCCAAGAUCAAGAAGGCAAAACUCGACACGUCGGCAUUCUUUGAGACACUCGGUGGUACCGAGUCUCCAGGCAGGACGUGGAUGCUUAUCUUCACUGCAAAGGGUCGGCUGGAGAAAGGGCAGUAUUUCCCAGUGACAGCAGUCCAACGCUUCGAUGCUGCGGGCAAACGCAUCGAGAAUGGCAUAUAUUUGGGCCCCAUCGGGUGCUUGACCUUCGAAGGGAGGCUGUCAUGGAAAAAGAAAAUACUUGCGUUCAUCUUCGAGCGGGUUCGCAUCAAGGUCGGACCGUUUGGUCCCCUGGAAAUCAGCCUCGGAAGCGGUGACGGUGGUAGGGAGCCCAGCACGAAGGACCCCUUCUUCGUUUGGUUCUAUGUUGACGAAGAGAUCGCUGUUGCGCAAGGCAGAGGCGGGGGCGUAGCUUACUGGUGCCGAUGUCAGCGUGUCCCCUGAAGAUCCAGACAUCCUCAUCUCGCUUCAAUGAUCACUGUACAAUAUCAGGAUAAAUGGAUAAUGUUGAGUCUCUAGUUUGUAGGGUUCAUGUUCAUCUUUGUACUAUCUGCUUUGUCUCCGAAAACGAGAAAAAAAGGCAAUUGGAGGUGUAAAUAAUGAAAUGCUAUUUGUUGAUAACUAAAAUUUUCU